ACCGCGAGUCUGAGGGGACGUGUUGGAGAGGCGCUCCUUCCGGCUCGGUCACAGUGGGUUUGAGGAUUAGAGUUUUAACACUAGCUGGCGCAAAGCAAAAUUCAUUAAUCUCCAAGUGAACAUCGAAAAAUAAUUUGUGAAUAGUUGAGGACAGUAUUAAACGAAGUGUCAGCUAGCUGUGAUAAAUUUGUUUUGCUCACCUGUAAUCUGGAGAGAAUAUAGGCAUAAUCACAAAUAUAGUGCAAAUUAUGAUUGAAAAAUUAAGGUAAUCAAACUCACAAAAGGAAAGGAGGCGGUGGAAAUGCAUUUUGCCAAUGCGUGUGCAUCACAAAGAUCUGAAUUGAGCUACACAUACUAACUUGUGAUUUUUUGGCAUCAAGACAAAAUGAUUUUACAGAAGUGUUUAGCCUGGAUCACCAUCUUCUAUCAACUUCACUAUGGUUGGUGUGUGUGCUACUUCCCAGGGGAGCUGCAGGGGAAGUGGGCCACGCAGGGUACGACGAGCCGGGGCGCGAGGGGAUCGAGGGCGCCCAUAUCCUACCAACACAUAACCAUCACGGCCGACCUGGUGCUGGAGUGGGGCACCUGCCACGCGCGCGUCGAUAACAACGUCAUUCUUACCGACAGGACGGGCGGCACGACCUGCUUCCGGUGCAUCAGCCUCAACGUGAUCUCGCCCAAAGUGGUGCAGGUGUGGACGCUGGGGAUCAACGCUUGUUACACGAGCGAGACCGAGGCUUUCUCUACCUGCCCGCCCGCGCCCGCCAUCGCCACCCGACACGCCCGCGAAAUCAUGCUGUACAAAGUGAAGUCCGACUGGGACGAGCCCGAGCUGCCCAUCGAGUGCCCCUUGAACGGCCGAUACCGAUUCACGUACCGCCGCGGAGGGAACGGCGUCACGGCAGCGUCUUGCGAACAGCUGACGUCCGAGUUCUCCAACUGCCCCUACGGCUUCGGGUUCAACGUCAACUACCGCGACUGCUCCGGUUCCGGCCUUCAGCGAACGGAUCUGCAGUGCCUGGGCUCGUGGGUAGGCGAGGACGGCAAGAACUACCUGGCCGUGCGAGACGCCCGAAUCAACGACGGAGACCCCGAGCCGCAGUACAGGUGUGGGAUGUUCCUGGAGGAGGCCGGGACGGGCAGGGUGUUGCUGGCCUUCAGCGAGGAUUCCACCUGCAUCAACGGACUCAACUCUGCCUCCGAUGGCUUCGAAACCUACGACCUCGCAUCGUACUCCGCCCCCCCGCUGCCCCCUCAGGUGACGCAGGCCAACUGCACCUUCCCGCGGUCGCUCUUAGGCUAUUGGCACCACACCUAUGUGGAGGAGAGGACCAUCAUGUUCAAAGACUACCGCAACUACAAGUCGUACACUGCCACUUGUGUCCAAGACAUGAACGAUGGGGAACGGUUCAUCGUGUAUGCCCGCACGCACUGCGGCGAUUGGAACUAUAACUGCAUGUGGCUCAAGAGACGCAGUGCCAACAUCUUGGAGUUCAUGCUGGGUCUUUACCCGAGCGAGGUGUUCGACGACCGCCUGUGUGACUAUGCCAAGUUCGGAGAUAUGACUUCGUGGAUCACACAAGGAAAAUCCCUCGUCGAGGAACCGACAGCGUGUCCUAUUGUUGGGAACUACGCGGGGGAGCUGCCGGACGCGAAGGGGAUCUGUUCGCAGCUCUAUUCGGACUGCGACGCCCCCGAGAUUAUGUACUACACAGUCAGCGAAUGCAGGAACAACACCGCCAUCUAUGAACAAGUGGAGGUGGGCGGCCCCACGAGCGAGGCGGGACCCUGGCUGCCGCCCGAGCAAAAAGUUAGCACGGGCGCCAUGCUUACCAUCGCCGGCAGCGAAGGAAGGCGCGGGAAACGGCAGGCAGGCCAAUUUCGUGUUGCUAAUGCUCGUACCACAACCAUCUCGUGGUUAUGGGGCUCGAGUACACCGGAGUUUACAACCACAACUACAACCACCACGACCACGACGACGCCCAGGCCCAGGCCACCGCCGUCACGCAGCGGGCCAACUUCGGGCCGUAAUUUCGAUCGCUCCCCCGGUCGUGAUUCCUUCCUAGAAAACCGCCGUCCACCUCAGCCUCCAAGGCGACAGGAGGACUACAAUCCGCUUGGAUUCUGGCCUGGCACUGGCAGUCGGGACGAGUUUCAGGCAGAUCCUGCGCCGCCGCCAGUGCGACCACCUGCACAACCACCUGUGCAAACAUCUGUACAGCGACCAGUGCCGCAGGCGCCGCAGCAACGACCUCUGCCACCAUUGCCCCCUCAGCAACGACCAUUACCACCUCAAGGACCACAGCAGAGACCACUGCCACCUCUACCACCACAGCAAUCACUGCCUCCUCAGAUGCCACAGCAUCGACCUCUGCCGCCGCAACCACCACCGCAAGUGCCGGUGCACUUGUCGCAGCAAAGGCCAGUCCAUGCGCCUCCACAUGCGCCUCCACAUGCACCAUCUCACAUUAGUAGGCCAGUGCCACUGCCAGAUCGGAAGCCUGACGACGAAGAGGAGGAGACAGGGGGCGUGCCAGGUCGAGCAACCUGGGUUCCUGGUGCACCGCCUGGCUUUCAUGAAUCGACCUCAAAAGCACCUUCCGUCAGCGGAGGCGAAGCCACUUACCCACGAGAUCCAGUGGCAUCCCCCCCUGAGUCCUCAGUGCGACACUCCCCUGGCUCUCGCAAUGGGGGCCGAGCACAGCACUUUGGGGAUGCAAAGCAUUUCCCUCAAAUACAAGAGCGGGAAUAUCAGUGCUUAGGGCAGUGGGAGGAAGAGGGGCGCCUUUACGCCUUCACUUAUCGUAGGGAUGUCAAGACCUACGAGUGCUUUGUGGGAGUAAUCAAGCCCUCAGGCGUAGUCUUCAUCAAAGAAGCGGGCCCUGUGUGUUCCAGGGGUGUUCAGCCUGAGGUCCUGGGUAUGAAGCUGCACAGGAAAGAGGCGUGCGUACCCCCCACGCGAGCGAGUCAGAGCUCCCUCGUAACGGAUUACACGCCACGGGCCACCAGGCCUCCGUGGCUUAGAACAACUCGACCCUGGAAGCCUAUAACAGGUCGACCAAGUAGUCGUCAUUCCGGAUGUGGAGGAAGAUCGUCCAACUUACUCUACACCUUGCUUUUGGUCACACUCGCAUCGCUAUCUUGGCUUAGGAGCUGCAGUGUCUAGCAGUCUUAUUGAUCUCUGGAAGAAUCAGUAUCUUGUACAGAGACGAAGCUGGAGAUGAUAUGGGUCUUAGCCAGUUGUAUAAUUUAAGUGAUUAUUUGAAAUGAAAAAAGUAUAGUCCUAGAAAAUUAAUAUUUUGAUGGAUAUUAUCAAGAUGAACUCAAGAUCAAAGAGAAAAGGAUAAGAAUGUCUUAUUAAUCAAGUCACCAACUAGUCAGAUUUUUUUGUCUUUAAAACUUAAAUUAAAAAUGCAUUUUAUACCAAAUUAAUAGCAUACAUAAAUUUUAGUAGGCCAUUAAUACUACAAAUGAUAUUGAUAGCUUUACUAGACUUAUUAACAUUUAAAGAAGUAGUAUAUGAUUUUAAUUCCUUAUAAAAGAACUCUUAUGAUGCAUAACUUAAAAUAUUAUUAAAUUCAUGUUAGCUUACAUAUAGCGAAAUUGUAGUGGAUGUAUCUGAGUUUGUAUAUGUUUAGUCGUCAUUUAAAACUUUACGAUGUGUCAUAUUUUUUGUAGUUUUUAUGCACGGUCAUUUUAAGAUGUUGUAAGUAUUAGCUUUAUUUUCUCUAGUGAUGCACACCAACAAGUCAAGAUUUCAAAUUAUGUUGCUGUUGAAUUUAAUGAUAUUAAUAGAUCAUUAAAUAAAUAUAUAAAUAUAUUACAUGCUGACUACCUGUGCAUUCACAUGAAUGCUUUUUCACCAGUGAAUAGUUGUUAGAUUAUGUAUAAGCACAAGUAGUUUUAUGAGACUAAGAUGACCCAUAUUUUGCAUGUAAUAUUUGUGGGCCAUCUUUUUACGACAACAGAUUCUAUGUUAAGCAGGCAUUUUCCAGAUUUGUAAGAAAGAAGCAUUUAUGUUCACACUUUUCUACAGUGGCUUCAGCAUUACCCUGUUAAAAUGAAGUACUUGUAUGGCUUGUUUAAGAAGCUCCAUUUGUCACAUUGGGAAUUAUGAUACCACUUUCAAUGUUUUUUUUUUUUUUUU